GGAGCCUUCCCAUCAAUUAAUUGUUCAAGCAUCCCUCUUGACGCGUUGUCUAUCCCAAAGACUCGCCAGAUGCUGUCCAACUCCCCAUAAUCACCCCCCUCGUUUCAUCUCUGAAGAGCAAAAAAUGCGACAUCUACAUCCACAAUGAGUCGCUAUCUAACCCCGUCCAAAAUCGCCCUGCUGUGUCUCGUCUCCAUCUACACCGAAGGAGUCGUGCCCAACUCAUCGGUCAUCCAUGUGCUCUCCUUCCUGGUGUCCUGCCUGAGUCCCCUGGACGCGAGCAACCCGCAUUCCACCUCGGGUGCCGGCGAAAAGCAAUCCUCCGUGUCCAUCGUAGACCUCGAGGACGCCCUGUCGGCCCAGUCCUCCUCUAUCCCCGGUCGCUCCAUCUGGGAUCUCUUCCUGCGAAAGAUCUGGUCCAUCGACUCGUGCGAUGCCCUGGAGGUUUUCUUCUCCGACGUCUCGGCCGUCCUGGUCAAGACGCGCGAGGAUCAGCUGCGGGACCGCGACAAUGGCCUUGCCCCCGAAUCCGGCCCAAUGCGUCUGUCGCGAUGUUCCCCGCUGGGUGUAUUUGUGAGACGAGCCCAGCUGGAGUUUACCAGGUUGCAGUUUCAUGAUUCGGUCAAGCUCUGGAAGGGCUUUGUUAAGUACCGCUUGCCUACGUAUCGCGCGUGGGCGCGCAGAAAUCCCGCAGAGGAGCAGGCUACCAUUGAUAUCAAUCUCCUCGAGCUGGGCUUGGAUGCCAGUAGUCCUCUUGCUCGGGUGGCCUAUGGGAAUAUUGAGGAUGACGACGAGGAGGAACAGUACGUCAGCACCAAAGAUGUCGAACGGCUGCUGGAGUUUCAGAUCGGAGAAUUGCAAAGACUGGGAGGGAGAGUUCCCGACGGCAUGAAGACGAAGCUGGAGCAAAUCGUAAUGUCGGGCGUGACGCUACCAAACCUAGUCCACUAUCUCCGAUUCCUUGACGCCUGGAGAGCCGGAGACUACCCGUCCUCUUUUGACAAUCUCCAUCGCUACUUCGACUACACCAUGCACAGCCGGGACCGCAGCUCGUACCAGUACGCGUUGCUGAAUCUCGCAAUCCUGCAGGCCGACUUUGGAUGCUACAGCGAGGCGGUCUCGGCGAUGCAGGAAGCCGUAUCCAUCGCGCGCGAAUCCCAUGACAUGAACUGUCUGAACUUCUGCAUGAGCUGGCUGUAUCAUUUUGGCAAAGCGUUCCCGGAGCAGAUGAAGGACGUGCAAAAUACCGGCAUGCUGGGCAACGAAAAGGAGGGGCUGGCGUUCCUCAAGGCGAAGUCGAAGGAAACCGAGAUGUGGAGUUUGCUGAGUACCACCUUGCUCAGCGAAGCUAAGCUCGAGCUGCAAAAUGGAGAGUCGCUUGCGGCUUCGAUCGAGAACAUCGUCCGGGCUUCCCACCUGAAUGUCACCAAGAACCUGGCGAACUCCAUGGGGCCGCAACUUCUUCUGCAGGGAGCACUAUAUUCGCGGAUCGGCGUCUCGCAUCUCUCGUGGCUCAGCAACGAAAUCUUCCGCGAAUGCUACGCCACUCGAUCUCCUUUCGAAGAUUAUCUCAAAAGCACAUUCCGCAACUGCCAGCUGCUCUCCCAACAAGGCCGCUACAAAGAAGUCUCCCUUCUCAUGAACCAGAUCGCCCCAGAGAAACUCCGACCCCUCAAAGCCAACCAAUACUGGACCUUCUUCUCGGGGAUCCUCCAACUCCGACAUCAAAUAUACCGCGACAACAAAACAGCCUGCACCUCCCUCCUCUCCCAACUCGAAUCCAUCCAGCUCCCAGACGCCGACAUCUCGCUGCUCCUCGCCUUCCAAACCACCGACUUCCUCAUCCGCCAAUCCAACUACUCCCGCGCCCUGCACCUCGUCGAAUCCACCGCCCAGUCCCUGCACCCCGACAACUUCGACAUCGGCGCCCAGGUCAAGCUCCUCUGCCUAAAGGCCGCCAUCCUCGAGAAGACCGGCCAGCCGCAGCGCGGGUUCUCGCUCGCCAUGCGCGCCGCCAGCAUCGCCUACCGCGCCCGUCUCCUCCCGGGGCUCUGGGAAUCCAUCGCCGUGCUAGCCGCCGUCUUGCUGGGGAUGAAGGAGUUCGAGGCCGCCGCGGAACUGGUCGAGAGCGUCAUGCCGCAGGUCCUCGAGGCGAAUGACUGCGACCUGGCGGCGAGGGCGUACUCGCUGCUCGUGGAUGCGAAUAUGGGCGUUGCCGGGAAACUGUGGGCUCAGGGCCAGGGCCAGGGCAGCGCGAACUCGCCGGCUAAGAAAGAGUAUAUGAACCGUGCGCUGGAGUAUCUCGACUGUGCGUAUGAGCAGUUCGAGGAGAUCGAGGAUAUUAAGGGCCAGUGCGAGAUGAUGGCCAAGAAGGCCACCGUCAUGCAUCUUACAGGGGACUUGGUCCUGGCGAAUGAUUAUGCGGCGAAGUAUCUGGAUUUGCAGAAGGGGGCGGCGGCGCGGAGUUGAUGACGUUUCAAGAUGGGCUGUAUACUACAUCGCAUGUUAGAGUGUCCGAGGUGUUCACCUCCGUCCAAGUCCAAACAGUAGUUAAAUAGCAUAGAUUACAACC